UUUUGUGCUCCUUGUGGGCACAGUCCCUCUAAUGGGCAUGUUGCUCUUCUGGGCUCCAAGGGCCUCUUCCUUUUUGCUGUUUAAUUCAGCUCCCCAGCUGGACUCUAUCUGGGCCAAUUCUUUGCUGAGUUUAUCAGUUCCUACUGGAUCCUACUGAACAAGUUGACCCAUUGCAAGAUUGCCAUGGCUGAUGGUGUAGUGAGAGGUCUAAGAGCAAAAAGAAAAGCAAUUCUCUCUCAUGAACUAAAGUCCUUCUCUAUAAUUUAUUUUCUGAACAGUUAAGAAUGCCUCUUUCUUUCCUUUUUCUUCUAAAACCCUUACUUUCUGUCUUAGAAUUGGAUCUACAGCAACUAGGGUGAUUUGCCCAGGGUUACACAGCUAAGAAGGGUUUGAAUGCCAGAUCUGAAUCCUGGACCUCUGUCUCCAGACCAGGCUCUCUAUAUACUGAGCCACCUAGCUGCUCCAAGAAUGGUUCUUUCAACUGACACAGAUCAUUCUCAUAAUUGACUUCAGAACUGACUAGCUUGUUUUUUAAAAAGCUCAAACCUUCAACCAAUCAAUAUCGAACCAUUCUAUUUAUUUCAUGUCCUUUUCACGGCCUCCUAAAAUAGCAAGAACUAUAAACACUUUUCUUUAAGUAGUAUGCUAAAAAACAAAAAGGCUGAGCUUCAUUCAUAUUCUUUACACUCUGUUGAAUGGUUGGAGUGGGGGAGUCAGGGAGGGGGCUCAAAGUAUGAGCCAUUCAAAGUCACACAUAGUACAAGGUGCAAAAUGAUCCUUUCAAAAUAUGAAAGGACACACGUACACUUUUUACUAGGUGCAAACGGUACCACAGUACUUCUACAUCUAAACGAGGCAAACCCAUCUUAUUUUCCUCUGUGACACAAAUGCCAUCCUGUAAUUUCUUCCCUUCAGGAUUCCUCAGCAGUCAGGAGAACAACCUCAAUGCAUGUGGGAAGCACUGGUAUACCACUAGGCUUCUUUAUGUUUGUCGAUUGAUUACCCCUUCACCCUUCCAUGUCAUCCUACUUGAGAGAGCCUUCAUCCCAUUCCUCUCUGUUGUACUCUGACAUAUAUGAAACAAAGCUAAAUAAAAUACUACCGCCAUAAGCUUUAGAAGCGCUGAAAUUCUGGCAUAGCCCACAGCACCUCUGCACUUAAGCUAUUCCUAGACUUUUUUUUUUUUAAUAGGAAUCCUAUCAGUAAGGAAUUCAAUUCCAUGGGCCAGGAUAUAUGCGCUUAAUAUGGAGGUCAGUUAGAAAUUAGGUGCUGGUAUAUAACCCUUCUGACCUUCCUGUAUUACUAUCUUUAAAACCGUUCGUAAUUUUGGAAACAAAUAUCGGUGCUUGUUAAGAAGGGCUUUUCUCUAUCUGAACCUUUAGCGUAGUGUUUGUGCGCAAAGCAAUUAGUAUGAGGCGCCCCGCCCCCUUAAUUUAAGGUAGGUGUAGGAGGACAGCCAGCAACAUCCCCCAAAAGGGCAGGGCGUGGCAAAGAAGGGUCCGGCCUUGAGGGGCGUAAACCUUUAGUCAAGCCCUCUGUUAGGGGACGGGGCCUAGCAAAUGUGAAAGAGGGUGCGACAGCGGUCCACGGCGGGUCAGGGUUAGGGAGCCACAAUUAAACCCUCGACUCCUCCCAGCCUCUGCGGCCCACCCCGCAACAGCCCCGAGUCCAGAGGAAGCUAUGUCCUCGGAGGGCCGCAGAGCCCGCCUUCCAACAACAAAACAGCGGAUUGGCUGCAACGGCGCACGUGACCACAAGGCGGGGCUCCGCGGCCCGCUUAUCUCAGACAAACAGGCCAGCCCAGGAAACCCGAACGCGAGGCUGGUUGUGGCUACCAUCCUAAUAUAGAGCGAGUCCCCCGAGCACCGCCCUAGCAACCGCCCCUUAGCAACGCCUCGCCCUGGUUCCGGGCUCCCUUAUCGCCCACUGCCAGACCUUUCCUGUUCCCCGCGUAGCCUCCUCUGGGCUUGGAUCACGUGACUCAGUUUUGGGGCGGGGUAAAGGGAAUAGACGCUAGGAGGGCGGGGCGAGGCUGCGCGGGGUGGGGAAGGAGGUGGGUCUGGGAGAAGGGCCGCUUGAUGCGUCAUCAGGACGCGCCAGCUGGGGUCACUGUGUCGCGCUUAGCUGUUUAGGUCCUGGCUCGAGAAGAUGGCUGCUGAACGGCCCGUUUUGGUCUGUGGGCCCGGCCGUGAGUGCUGGGCAGCGCCGUGGUCUUCGGCUCGGGGUUCAGUACGGGAUUUCAUCUGCUCUUAUUGCCAGCAUCGGGGUAUUCCAGUGGAUUACUUCUAUGUGAAGUGUAAUGGACAGCUAACUAAUACUGAAGAUAUGGUUCAAUAUGGAGCGGUUUAUAGUUUGGAGCCCAGACUUUGUGGAGGAAAAGGAGGUUUUGGAUCUAUGCUUCGAGCACUUGGUGCUCAGAUUGAAAAAACAACUAAUCGAGAAGCAUGUCGAGAUCUCAGUGGAAGGAGACUUCGAGAUGUCAACCAUGAAAAGGCAAUGGCCGAAUGGGUAAAACAGCAAGCUGAGCGAGAAGCAGAAAAAGAACAGAGACGCCUGGAGAGGCUGCAGCGGAAGCUAGUGGAACCAAAGCACCACUUUACCAGUCCUGACUAUCAGCAGCAGUGUCAUGAGAUGGCUGAGCGCUUGGAGGACUCGGUCCUCAAAGGUAUGCAGGCUGCCUCCAGCAAAAUGGUGUCACCUGAAAUUAGUGAUAAUAGGAAGCGACCUAGUGAACCUGAGAUAAUCGGUGGAAACAAAUCAAGGAAAAGGAAAUGCUUUUGGAUGGGCAUGGAAGGACUGGAGGAUGCUGCUGGAAGUUCAGAUGAUGGGGACAGUGAAGAAGUCCCCAGCACUUCAGGAAUGAGCUUCCACUCACCAAAUGACUGUCACAGUAAUGCUGACAAGUCAGCAGAAUCCAUGAGUUGUAAGGAUUCUGUAGGAAUGAGUCCUGGCAUCAGUGUAUCAGAAAAACUACAGGUGCCCACAGUUAAUUCUGAGGCCAUUGCCAUAACAGAAGUGUGUGGUGAGCUGGGUGAGAAGCCCACACAGAAGCAGGAGAAGGCAGAAGAGAUGGAUGUAGACAGAAAAAUCAGCAUGGAGCAGGAAGCAUGUGUGACAGGAAAGAAAGAAGAGACCAGUACAGCACAGGACAGGGAAGGAGAAACCCAAAGAGGGACUGAAGGACAUCCAAAAGAGAUGAACAAAUCUGAGGAAAGUCCAACAGGAAACAAAGAUGUUCAAGAACCUCUAAACCUUCUGGCAUUCAGCUCAGUUGCAGAAAUGGAAGUGUUGGGUUUGGAUAAGCUUAAAUUGGAACUAAUGGCAUUAGGACUUAAGUGUGGAGGCACCUUACAGGAAAGAGCAGCAAGACUCUUCUCUGUCAGAGGACUAGCAAAGGAACAGAUAGAUCCUAGCUUAUUUGCCAAGCCUUCUAAAGGGAAGAAGAAAAAAAAUUCAUAAAGGCUCAUUUCUUAUUGCCUUAUAUACCAGCAAGUUUCUUUCUCUGAAAAUGGUAACCUCUAUUACUGUUUCUGCAAAUAUUUGAUUAAAAUUGAACUUUUUAUUAGUUUGAUUGGUUUUAAAAUUAUAUAUAAAGAGGCAUAACUUGGAACUACAAUAAACAUGUUUUAUAUGAUAUGAAA